UACUACAUAGUACUACGGAACUUCGAGGUGCCAAUAGCACUACCAGUUCCUACAGAUCAAGAAAUGGGGGUUCUAACAAGAACAAGUUUGUCGGGGUAAGGCAAAGGCCUUCGGGCAAAUGGGUCGCGGAAAUCAAGAACACAACUCAGAACAUCAGAAUGUGGCUUGGGACAUUCGACACUGCUGAAGAGGCUGCUCAGGCUUAUGAUGAAGCUGCUUGCCUUCUUCGCGGUACAAAUACGCGAACCAAUUUCUUGAAUAACGCCCCUUCCAAUCCAGCCCUCUCUUUGAAAAUCCGAAACCUUCUUAAUCAAAAGAGAGGCCAAAAUAAAACUAAAACCAAACCUCCUAUUCUUGCUUCCACAAAUAGUACUACCAGAAAAAAUAUUAAUGUUGAAACCUGUCCAAAAACUAUUUCUAGUCAAUAUAGUACUGAUUCUCAAACAGUUUGUGUGGCCAAUCCAGUCAUUUUUGAGGAUGCGUAUAAGCCGGAUUUGUGCUGUUUCCCCACUUCUUCUGAUCCUUUUUUGAUGGAUUUUGAUAAGAUUAAUCCAUUUCGACAAGAUGGUUUUGAUGCACAAAAAAGAGUUGGUGAGACGGUGAAUGAUGAGCAAUUUCCUGAUUUUGAAGGUAUGAAGGUCGAAAGAAAGAUUUCAGCUUCACUUUAUGCAAUGAAUGGAAUAAGUGAAUACUGGGAUAACAUCCAUGAUACAAAUGAUCCUUUGUGGGAUAUUUCCAUGCUCUGCCAACCGUACUACCUAGAUUAAUGUUUUGAGAUUUAACUUGUGA